GUCCGCAAACACUGGUCGAGUAGUUACUUAAGUUAGAAGAGUAUUUCAAUUCCGUAAUGCAAGGACAAAGCGGAGGAGAGACGAAGAAGAGACUGUGUGUGUGGAUAAGGCCAUUUCUGAAGAGAAAGAAAAAGCGCCACACCCAAAAAAAACCGGCGCCUACAAAACGCCUACAAUGGCCGCUACUCUAGCUGCUACUGCUGGUGGCAACAUCCUAACUCCGCCAUUGUUAUCCCGUCUCAAGCUCAAACCUCCGCCUACCUCGCUCCUAUCUCUCUCCCCUUUCCAGUCAAAUCUCUUUUGCCUUCGCCUUUGCAUUUCUACUUCCAAUUUUCAAUCUUUUCCACUUUCUCACUCCUCCUCCUCUCACCUCGUUUCCGCCUCCGGACGAUAUUCCGGGAAGAGCUCUGAUGAUGAUCAACCUCUCGAUAUAUCUUCCGUUAGGUCAGAUAAAGUUAGGCUAAUUGAUGAAAAGCAAAAUAUGAUUGGAAUUGUAUCAAGAAAUGAAGCAAUUCGAAGAGCUGAGGAUUUAGAGCUUGAUCUGGUGGUGGUCUCACCCGAGGCAGAUCCUCCUGUUGUCAGAAUAAUGAACUAUGAUAAAUUUAGAUACGAACAGCAGAAGAAGAAAAGGGAACAACAGAAGAAAAGUGCUGCUAGUCGUCAGGACUUAAAAGAACUCAAGAUGGGGUACAAUAUUGAUGUCCAUGAUUAUUCUGUGCGCCUUAGAGCUGCACAGAAGUUCAUAAAAGAUGGUGACAAGGUGAAAGUUAUGGUAACUAUGAAAGGACGUGAAAAAGCCUUUCUAGACAACGCAAUUCAGCUCAUCAGAAAGUUCCAAACCGAGCUUGGCGAGGUUGCAACUGAGGAGCACAACAAUUUUUCGCGCAGGAAGAAAGAAGACAUCACAGAGAGAUUUAUAUAUGUGAUUCUCGUACCAAAUAAAGUAGUUGUUCAGAAGGCCCAAGAGGCACCAAAGAAGAAGCGUGAUUUAGCUCCUAAUGAAGUAUCGGCUCCUAAUGAAGUCCCGACUCCUAAUGAAGUCCCGGCUCCUAUUGAAGUCUCAGCUCGGCCAGUGUUUAAUUCUACAAAAUCGGUUUUGUGAGUUUUAGGUGAGGGAUUUGUGGCUGGUAAUCGUCAUUAUGUCCGAGUUUUAUAGCAAUUACAGCUUCUGUAUAGGAUUAAUGAAAAUAGAGUUUGUACGAGUACAACUCACAUGCGUUGCUCAAGGUUGUAGAAAUAACUUUCGAGUAUCCCUAGAAUCUGUAUAAUAUUGUCCUUUGAAGUUACAUGUAAAACCAUUUUUGGAAGGUGAAAAUACAAAGAAAGUCUGUUAAUGA